CUGCCCGGCGGCAAUAUGGCGUCUGUGGCGGCGGCUUGUUGACCCUUUCUUUGGCAACACUGGCAGCCGUUCCCCCUGGUGGCUGUGUGUAUACACACAACAAGCGGAUCAACAUUCUGCAACACAAUAGACGAACGAGCGGUGAAAACACUCACACAUCCACACACACAACAUACGCACACUCGCUCUGGGACACAACAGUGAAAUAUUGUUUGUGUGUGCAACCGGGUGCUGUAUAGUGUGCGUGUGUGCGAAUCUUUCUUCCCGUUGUUUCGACCGAGCCCGUUGUGGAUGGACGCCAAGUGAGGCCGGGAGGGUGGCAAGCCCGUGCCAGUGGUAAGCGGGGAAAGAACGCGUUCUUUGCGAAAGGCCCCGAGCGCGUCUCGAGUUUUUCCGCUGCCUGUGGGUGCGUGAUUCCGACCGUUGUGGGUGUGUGUGUGUGUGCGCGCGCGUGUGUGUGAGAUUGUUUAGGCGUCCCAGGCCCAGGAGCUGCGAGAGGCCGGGUCGGGUGCUAUUGUUUACGCCCGGAGAUCGGGCUGCAGGUGACAAAGUGAAGGAAAAACAGUUUUCCACCAUCGCCAACCUGCUGAGCGAGCGGCGUGUGUUGGUAGGCCCUGCUACUAGUGCGCGCUAUUCGCGAGUGGUGGAUACGGUUAGUGGUGUGUGUUUGUGUAUGUGUGUAUGAUGUACGUCCAUUUUGCACGCCGCAAAGCAAACAAAACAAUCAAACAGUCGCCGCAAGGACGCCGUUCCAGCCCCGUGAAGCGAGGUUAGGAAGCCGCUCGGCUCUCGCUCCCACCUCCUCCCCCGCACACCCACAGCAUCCUUGCGCUCCGUCGUUGGUGUGGCGGUGGUGGUGGCGUUGACGAGGUGGAGAAGCGUCGCGAAAAUACCGAACCAAUUACCACAAACUCGCAUCGAAAUCAACUGUGAACAAUCAUCCUACAGCCCACCCAACCACCCACACACACACACGCACGUACGCAAUCGCAACCCCCGCCAAGCGGGCUCCUAUCAACUGUGCACAGCGGGUAAAAGGGAGGGCGAUACAAGCAGAAGCAGAAAAGGGAAUCAAAGGAACAAAUCAUUGAAAGGAACAUUUCCUCCUACAUCACAGCGACAUCCCGCGGCGGCGAGCACACACCCGCCCCUUUCAACCGGCAAUCAAUGCCACCGCUGGCGGCGUGUGUUUUUAGCAGCAGCAGCAGCAGCAGCAGCAUCACCAGCAUCAGUAACAUUUACGCACAAACAUACCCACACAAACACUCGCAGCCGAUAAAUUGAUGAGCCUGCCCCGAAAUCCCCUACCCCUUCCCCGGAGCACGGCGAUCGAUUCAGCGCAAUGAGUAACGUACGAUGCAACGAACCGCCACCGACGGCGACCACUUCCCUCGCCGCCAAGGACACGGAGGCUGAUACCGGGCCAUCGAUUGCGCCGGUACCACAGCCGCAGCAGCAGCAGGCGCCGCAGCAGGCGCCGACCGUGCAGUCGAGCAAUAGUAAGGGUACGCCCUGCCGCAUCAACAGCGUGAAGGGCUACCAGAACCGUACCAACAGUAUUAUCUACUGUCCGCCAUUGUUGCGCGGCAACUCGCCGAAGGAGAAGUGCAGUGCGAUCGUCUACUUCGGUGGCGAUGUACAGGACAUCCCGGAAAAGAUGGAAUCCAAUCGGGACAACAAAAACUACAUCAAAUGGAACCUGGAGAACACGGCGCUGCUGCUGCGAGAAUCGUUCCCCCAGUCGCACAUCGUGGUCGUGCGCCCGAUGCGGAUGGAGUACAGCACGUUCAGCUGCUUCGACAACUUCGUGCGGGGUAACAAUGCGGGCAUACCGGACCACACGCCCAUGCACUACUCGCUGCAGCAUCUGGAGGAGCUGCUUAUAAAUCUUACGAAAAAGCUCACGAAACCUAUCCUGGAUCAGGAAUUCCUACACAAGCUGCUGAGCGCUUCCAGCACCAAGGGGUACGGGGGCGACGUGCCGUGCAAACAGAACAAUGCCGACAUUUUGCAAAGCAAUAUCUACGAUGGCGGGGCCGCCGGGGCCGAGGAUCCGGCCGAACCGGACGACCUGGCCGAGCUGCUCUGGUGGCGCGAAAAUCUCAACCUCGACAAGGCGAGCCUGAAGCUGAUCGGGUUCAGCAAGGGCUGCGUGGUGCUGAACCAGUUCAUCUACGAGUUUCACUACUACAAAACGCUCACGCCGGACGACAGCACGAUGAUGCGGCUGGUGUCGCGCAUCAGCGACAUGUACUGGCUGGACGGGGGGCACGGCGGCGGCAAGAACACCUGGAUCACGUCCCGCAGCCUGCUCGAGACGCUCUGCCGGCUGUGCAUCAACGUGCACGUGCACGUCACCCCAUAUCAGAUCCAGGACGACCACCGGCCGUGGAUACGGAAGGAGGAGAAAGCGUUCACUGAUCUGCUGAAGCGGCUCGGGGCCGCCUUCGACCGCCACCUCUACCCGAGCGAGGCGAACUCGACCAACCUGUACACGCACUUCGACGUGCUGAACCGAUUUCGGCAGCACCAGAUCAGCCUGUUCUCGCAGCAGCUGCACCAGACGGUGAUGCAGCAGCAGCAGCAGCAGCAGGGCACGCUCGUCCAGCACGCCGCCGGCGGCGGUAGCUACGGGCGGGUGGUGGUGGCGGCUGCGGCGGCUGCGGCUGCGGCGGCGGCGGCGACUGCUCCCGGGCAGGGCAGUGAUGAGUCGGCGGACGGUGGCGAUGGUGGCGGCGACGGCGGCGGCGGUGGCACUGGCUCGCCCGGCCCGGAAGAGUACGGCACGGUGGGUGAGGACGAGGACGAGGAGGAGGAGGAAGAGGAAGAAGAGCCGAUGGAUGGCACCGGGGGUGGUGGAGGAGGAGGAGGUGGGCGAGGAGGUGGAGCCAUCGGAAAGGUGGUGGAUGAGGAGGAGGAGGACGAGGACGCGUCCUCGCUGGCACUGGAGGACGGUGUCGGGGAGGAGGGACCGGGCGGCGGCGAGGGCGAGGAGGAGGAGGAGGACGACGAUGCACCCAUGCCGGCGCACCACGUCACCGCGAUGGAGACGGGGGCGGACGACGACCAGGGUGAUAGCAGCGGGGGCAGCAGCAGCGGCGGCAGCCUGCACGACAACUGACAAUCGGCACGCGAUUGCAUCAACUUCAUUUCCGUAUUCAUUUAGAAAAUAAAAGGCGCGGAGCGCGAGAGAGAACGAAUUUAAGUUGUUCGUUUCGCGGCGGUGCCGGCGGCCGCGGCAGCUCACCUACACACAAUGGGGUACUCCUCCCACCCCCCACCCCCCCGCUCCCUACUCGCGCGCGCUUAGCAUACAUUUACGCACACAUCGUACGACUUUGCCAUGUUAGAUUUUACGCGUCCCCUCCCUCCCGGUGCAUUCCCCGUUGGUUUCAUGCACAGUGCAGCAGCCACGGCCCAUCGCGGCGUACUCAUAGCGACCCGAGCGGACCGGGUGGAGGCAUCCCGAAUUGUAUCUGUAAUAUUAUGUUGUACUGAUUGUACAUUUAAGUAGAUUUUAGUGUGCCCUUGUUGGCGGUAACGACGCACUUCAGGACCAUUUUUUGUGUGCUGCGGCAGUCGAAUGCCUACCGCAGCUGGGGUUAAGGGGGGCUCAUAUUUUGGCCGCUAAGUUGAGGGCUGAGAAGCUGAUAGAAAGCUAGGGUGCGCUUGUGGGUCGUGCAAAAGCGUGAUCAAAAAAUGGUCGCCGGCUGCUGUUCAGUUCAGAGGAAGAGGACACACCCCUUUCAUACCUUCAGCCGCUCAGGCAUGGCUUGGCACCAGUUAGCACCUUCCCUCUAUCUCUCUCUCUCUCUCUCUCUAUCUUUCUCUCUCUCUUGGUAGCGCAAACCACCCGUUUCGAUAGGCGCAGUGCAAUUUAUGACAAACCAGCGCAAAUCAUCAGCGGGCUUUGCUUGCUCCGCGAUGCUUUCCACGCCGACUAAUAGUGUGGAGAAAAAUUGCCCCCGUUUUUCCGAUGCGUACAUGUGCGUGUGAGUACAUGAUGUUUUUUUUCCCCAAAUCGGUACGUGUGCUGGAACUGUUCCGCGGGGGUGAUUUUUAAGGAAAAGUGGACCUACAAACACCUUUCGAACGACAAUUCCUCGCGUACUUUCAAACGAUCGUUUGAAUUACAUCACAAUCCUCUACCACCCUGGUCGUGAGAUACCCUAAGUGCACCGGUAUGUGUGUGUGAGUGUGUGUGUUUGUGCAUAAGAUAGGAAUGUGUCUGUCUAUGCGUGGCUGUAUACGUUUGAAUGAGAGAGAGAGAGAAAGAGAAGGAGAAGAAGAGAGAGAGAGAGAGAGAGAGAGAGAAAGAGAGAGAAGAAAAAAAAAAUGGGGUGGGUUGGGGAAAAUUAUUUUCAUCCUUUUUCACAAAUCCUUGCAUUCGUUGCUCAAUUCAAUUGUAAAUUUGUCUGGUACUGUAAGCUCUCUCUCCCUCUCUCUCUCUCUCUCUCUCUCUCUCUCUAUCUCUCUCUCUCUCUUCACUUUUAACAAACACAACAAAAAUCGUAACAUCAACACAACACAAAAAAGGAAAAAACCACAUCGUUCAUCGCAAAUCAUCCCCCAUUCUCCCGACCGAAUCCCCCUCUCGCCCUUUUUUAGAACGUACACACCCAGCAGUGGGUGAAAAGAAAAAGGUAUCAUUUAUAAUUUUAAAAUUCCUUCCUUAUAAUAAUUAAAUAUAUUUUAAUUACAAUUCUCGAACCGCCUGGCAGCGAAUUUUUUGUGAGUCUUCUAUGCAUGUGUUGGUUUCAUUUGUCUUCUUCAUUGCGUCGGUGAAAAUGCGCACCUGAUUUUUUAAGACGGAGUAAGGAUUUUUUUUCAAUUAAGAAGGACCUUUUUUUUAGAGAGUGGCUGUGUAUACCCUGCUCUUCCAGGCCAAGCAGCGCCGAUGUGAAGAGUCAGAUGAACAGCUGAUGGAGCAGCUUUCCCCGUCGUGGGACAUCCGCUAAUGCUACAGGAGAUUGAAGGAGUCACGGAGCGUGUUUGCUCCUAAAACCGCUAUGUGCCGGGACGCUCAAGGAAAUCUCCUGACAGACGAGCGGAAGGUGAUCGAAGCGUGGAAGUGCCACUUCGAAGACCACCACAUCAGCAGCACAGCAGUAACAGCAGCAUCCGAACUCUUUAAGAUGGGACCGGAGAGGCGUACCGUCGAGAAGAAUCAGCUGAUCGUGAAAAUCUGGGAACAGGAGGAACUGCCGGAGGAGUAGAAAUUGGGUGUCAUUCGAGGCGUGGGGCUAAACAACGACAUCCUUGGUACGAUCCUCUUGGUACCAUUUCUUGGCUUCGCAGGUUACAUCGACAUCAUCGGCAGGACAACAGCGAAGGAGUGUGAGUCGUACAUCCGACUUAAACGCGAAGAAGCAAGAAUUGAAUUGAGAAUCAAUGGGACGAAGACGAAGUACCUGCUUGCCGGAAACUCAGACCAUCUGAGAAGCAGUGUAUUAGUUGACGGCACCAUCCUCGCGAGAGAGAGAGAGAGAGAGAGAGAGAGAGAGAGAGAGAGAGAGAGAGAGAGAGAGAGAGAGAGAGAGAGAGAGAGAGAGAGAGAGAGGCU